AUCUGUUCGUUCGAGGCCUUAGUGUGUCGUGUCUGUUGUCUGUGUGUGCGCCUUCACACGAACCUUCCCCUCCGGUGUUUGUAGUGCGUGAUCGAUUGCCUGCCUAUGCAGUCAGUGUGUUCAUCGGUCGGGUCGGGUGGCGGUGCGAGUGCGCCGUAGACACAGCGAUUGGUUUGGAAGCUACGCCCCUGUAUGUCAAUCUGUCAACACAUACAUGCCAUCCCUUCUCAGGUCCGGCAUCGCAUCGCCGGAUCAUGUGGAUCAGCAGCGACACACGUCCCACAUACACCAUACCAUAAACGAAUCCAGCCAGCCAACCGGUACCAACCAUCCAGCCGUUUGUCAGUCGCCAUGAAGCAAGCCACUAGUGCGCAGACAGAGUGGCUGGCCACCAUUCACUCGACUGACUGACUGACUGGCUGACAUAGAUGGAGAAAAAGAGCGCAACAGCGCGACGCUCACAAGAUCGAAGCCCAGAUCGACCGACACUCAAAGCGACACACCACAGCUGUGGAACUCCCCCUCGCUGCGAUAACGUACGUCUAUCUAUGAAGAUCGGAUCACCCCACCCCAAGGAAGGUCUGUGUCAGUCUUCCUCUGCGGGGCCUGUCUGUCUCACAGCCAUCAGCGAUAAUCAAUCGGCAAGACACUCAUAAAAACGUCCUGAAGGUAUCAGCCACUCACACACAGUCCCGCAUCCAUCCAGCCAUCCACGACUACAGAACCAUAGACACACUCACUCACAUAUCCCCUUCUCCCUCUCUCUUACUGUCUGUGGCGCUCACAAAUCAAUAAUGCGCCACUGCGUACACAUGAAUGUACGACUGUACGCAUCUGUGAAUGCGAUUGUACGAAUGCAGAUAUGGACGCGAUCGGUCAUGUCGGUCGGUCAGUCGGUGGAUCAGGAGGUGCGCAUGAGGUAUCUGAGGCUGCCACGGUCAGGCGAAAACCCUCGGGCAAGGUUGCCUGAACGAACGAACGAACAAAGGAAUGCAACGCGACACGACGUACACGUGCGACAAACAGAGGGCGUGUCUUCUCUAUCAAGUCGCUACUCACUUGCAGUUCUGGUGGCAUCUCCCUUUACACCCACUCGUAGACCGCUAUUCCAUGCGCCACGGGCACCCGUCUGAGCGCCGCCCCGCUGCAGAGACCUGAACACACACCACACACAGACAUAGGACAGGACCGACACACAUGGCAUACACUCACACGUGUGGAAGUGUGCUGUGUGUGUGCCUACCGUCUGAGGUCCUCUUCGGCGAUUGUGUAGUACUCGAUGGCAUCUGGAUUGGCGUCAGCCGCAGGGCCCUUGAAGACGGCAAUGGGCCGAUCCAUGUCGUCGGAGACGAACAGGUUGGCGCCCUCGGCUAUCAACACCAACCUGACAAGGCAGGCAGGCAGACAGAGCGGAUGUUGUGUGUUUGUGGACGCUAUGCUGUGUGUGUGAUGUGUUGACUUGUCGCCGCCGACAAAGUCGACUUCCACCACGGGGGUGCCGUCACUGUCGUUGGUGAAACGCCUGCACACACACCACACACAGAUGACAUGUGAUGUGCUGUGUGUGUGUAUGGGUCUGUCUGUGGCGUGGGUGUAUGGUAUGCGCCACAUGCCCCCUUCACCUGAUGCUCUGGACGAGGUAGACGUUCUCCUGUGUGCGGGUGUUGUUCUCAGGGUCGAUGGGAUAUGUCCACCGCAGGUAUAUCGUCUCGAUCUGCACACACACACACACACACACACACACGGCCACUGUCGGUCGGACAGAGUCCCGACAGAGAGGCACGACUGUCGUGUACCUUGUCGACGUUGGUGAGGUUUGCCUCGAGGAGGCCGAAGAUGCCCGUGGUGUCGAGGUACUCGGCUGUCUUGACCACACGCUGGUUGUCACCACGGAGGAUCGCCAGCUGGUUACACACACACAGGCAGGCAGGCAGGCAGACACAUGCCGUGCCCAUAGGUGACAGGACAGCCCGGCCCCGUCGUGUGGUGUCCAGGAGACGACUCACUCAGUCACUCACCUUGUCAGGUUUGAAGGUGUAGCCCUCGUCGAUGGCCUGCUGAAUGCGCGAAUACAGGUCUGCACACAGACAGACCAGACCGAGAUGCACACUCGUCCAGUCCACCGACACCCUCACAGGCCAUUCAUACAUACCAGGGCAUUCGUCCUCGACGUCGACUUGCAGGCGGCGCAGACUGUCAUGGGCAGGCUGCAGACAGAGGGAGGAUAGGACAUAUGCACACGCGCGCAAACACACGAAUGUUUCACUUAGAUCUGAGGGUCAUGAGAGAUCUCUCACCCGGCCCCGCACCUGUGCAUCGCUGAUCUUCCUCUCAAUGCGGUCCAGUUUCACCAGCAGGAACACCAGCAGCAGAGCUGACACAUGGCACACAGCACAGCAACACACACAGAAUGAAUGCCAGCCCAUUGAUGCCAUGCCAUGGAUAAUCUCAGGCACCUAUUGGGACGACAGCGAAUAUUGUGCUGCGGUCCAUGGCGGGCGGCUGUCGAGUCGACUUGUGUGUGGGGAAUGACUGAAGGAUAGACGGUUCUGCAAGGAUAAUCC